AUGAAUAUCAUUAUGAUUAUGAUCAUCAAAAUUAUAAUGAUCACCGUGAUCGUUAUGAUGAUCACCAUGAUGAAUAUCAUUAUGAUUAUGAUUAUUAUUAUUAUUAUUAUGAUCAUUAUCAUCAUGAUCAUGAAUAUCACUAUGGUUAUGAUCAUGAUGAUAAUAAUGAUCAUCGUGAUCAUUAUGGUGAUCAUGAUGAUUGUCAUUAUAAUUGUGAUCAUGAUGAUUAUAAUGAUCAUCUUGAUCAUUAUAAUCUUCAUGAUGAAUAUCAUGAUAAUUAUGAUGAUCAUAAUGAUCAUGAUGGCGACCGUGAUGAUCACAAUGAUGAACAUGAUGAGUAUCAUGAUGAUUAUCAUUAAAAUUGUGGUGAUCAUGAUGAAUAUAAUUAUAUUUAUGAUGAUCAUUAUGAUCAUGAUCACCAUGAUGAUUAUGAUCAUGAUUAUGAUCAUGAACAUGAUGAUUAUCUUGAUGAUGAUGGCGAUGGUGAUGAUGUAG